AUGGACGGUACGACAUCCGCUGUAAAUUAUCUUCUCCCACCAACGACUAACGAUUAUUACGAUCAUCAUUCGCUUCAAACUAUACAACCGUUAGGUAGCAUACCUUACUAUCAAUCAGAUGCCGUCGAUUGCUUUUAUGAUCAUCACAAAUCUGACUUUCAGUCGCCAUCUUCUUAUAUUUAUCAUCCUACACAACAACAAUCUUUUGGAUAUGGUCCAUCUAUUUAUGAUAUUCAAUCAUCUCAGCCAUUUAUUCAAGAAUCUAAUAUUCUUCUUUUACAAAAUCAGCCUCGAUUACCACCUGUUUAUGAAUUGUCUCCUCCUUGUCAGACAGUACAACCUUCAUCACUACAAAAUACUGCACAAUUACCACCAAAAGCUUUAAAAAGAGAAGUACAUGAUACAACAUCAACAUCUGAGAAAAAUCACGUAUAUGAAUGGAUGAAAGGAGAUCAAAUUCGACGAAAACAUCGACAAGUUUAUACACGUACACAGACAUUCGAAUUAGAGAAAGAAUAUCGUUUCAGUCAAUAUUUAACACGUAAACGUCGAUCAGAAAUAGCUGCUGGAAUUCAGUUAAGUGAUCGACAAGUUAAAAUUUGGUUUCAAAAUAGAAGAAUGAAAGAGAAACGAGAAAAUCUUAAAUUUAAUAAUGGAGCAUCAUCAACAUCGAAACAACGUCAUGAAUAUUCUUCGUAA